GAUGAUGAUGUUUUAGUUUGACCAUGGAGUUCAGCGCCUCAUCUGUGUUUGACCAGCAGAAAGAUUCUGCUGAAGAAGUGGAACUUAACGUUGUUUACCAAGCAGCCGCCAAUGGGGACGUCAACACAUUAACAGCAACCAUACGGGAGGAUCCCUCCAUUUUGGAGUACUGUGAUGGUGAAGGCUCCACCCCUUUGAUGCAUGCGGUGUCGGGGAGGCAGGUGGACACGGUGAAACUCCUGCUGAAGAUGGGUACCUCCAUCAAUACCCAGGAUGCCUGUGGAAGGACUUCGCUCUCCCUAGCGACAUAUCUGGGGUGGCUCGAAGGCUGYGUGUGUUUGCUGCGAAAUGGAGCCAAGCAGAACAUCCCCGAUAAAAACGGUCGCCUGCCUCUUCACGCAGCGACCGCUGAGAUCGACCUCAAACUCAUGGCAGUCCUGCUGCAGCAAUCGACUGCGUGUGAAAUCAACCACCAAGACAACGAGGGCAUGACUGCUCUUCAUUGGGCAUCUUUCCACAACCGUCCUGAGCAUGUGCAGGCUCUCCUGCAGAAAGGGGCGGAUCCCACACUCGUGGACAAGGACUUCAAGACAGCCCUCCAUUGGGCAGUGCAGAGUGGCAGCAGAUUCAUGUGUUCUCUCAUCCUGGAGCACCGCCUGGGCCCUCGGGUCAUCAACUACGACGACGAAAACGGCAAGACCUGCGUGCACAUCGCCGCUGCCGCUGGAUACAGCGACAUCCUCUAUGAGUUGGCGCGCUUUUCCGAGACCAACCUGCAGGCCCUGGAUGUGGACGAACGAACCCCCUCUUCAUUGGGCCGGGCAGCAGCGGGGAAGGAGGACUGUGUCCAGGCCUUACUGCAACUAGGGGUGGAGACGGGGCCCAGGGAUAUCAACGAGAACACACCGCUCACAUAUGCAAUGUACUGUGGCCACACUGCCUGCAUCAACUCCUCUCAGCUGACAACAGAUCCAAUUCAGCCAGAAAGCUGCCUUCCCAGGGCAGUGAUCCAUCCCAGCUGUCUUCUCAGGGCAGUGAUCCAUCCCAGCUGUCUUCUGAGGGCAGUGAUCCAUCCAGCUGUCUUUCUCAGGGCAGUGAUCCAUCCCAGCUGUCUUCUCAUGGGCAGUGAUCCAUCCCAGCUGCCUUCUCAGGGCACUGCUUCUCAGGGAGUGACACCGUCCCAGAAGAAGGAGGGCAAGUUCCUGCAUGCUCAACCAGAUCUUCUCCUGCAGAGGAAGGAGCACUACACGCCCCCAAAGAGAGCUGGGCCGCACGGACACCUGAGGAGGGAGACCUCAGAGGUGGAUGACAUCAUCACCAUGUUCGAUUGUCUGGCUGACUCCUCUUCGGCCAAGGAGCUUGAAAACGAAACGCUCCAAAGAGUCAGGAAACGGCCUUCGGUCGAAGCAGCGCAGAAACUCAAUCCACUCGACAUCCGGACGGCGAAGGACUACAAGGGACUGCCUCCUAUACGGACGCAAAGUCUUCCGCCCAUUCAAUCUGGGCACCGUCUUUGUUGGCCAUCUCCCAGAGUGCUGGGAGCAGAGUCAAGCCAGGGCCGAGGUCAACCACUUUGCACACCGCUCUCAGAAAAGCAAGAGUGA